AUGGAGGACACCGACUACGAUGAGGGUACCAUUGCAGACCCCUUCGCACCCUACGACGACCUGCCCGAGGAGCGUCACUGGGUCGUCACUGUCCGUGCCAUGGUCAUUGGAUGUAUCUGUGGUGCUUUGGUCAACGCCUCCAACAUUUAUCUCGGUCUGAAGACUGGCUGGACUUUCGGUGCCUCUCUUUUCGGUGCCAUCAUUGGUUUCGCUGUUCUCAAGCCUCUCUCCAAGGCUCUCCCUGAGACUUUCCCUAUCCUCGGUGGAUCCUUCGGUCCUCGUGAGAACAACAUCGUUCAAACCGCUGCUACAGCUGCUGGAGGUUUGGGUUCGGUCAUGGUUUCUGGUAUUCCGGCCUUGUACCAGCUGAAGCUUCUGUCUACACCCAAGGAGGAUUUCGGCAGACUCAUCUCCCUCACCAUUGUUGGUGCUUACUUCGGAUUCGCCUUCGCCACCCCUCUCCGCAAGUUCUUCAUCAUUUACGUCGCCAGGGAGCUCAACCUGAUCUUCCCCACCCCAUCCGCUUGUGCUUUGACCAUCCGCAGUAUGCACGCAGCUGCUACUGGUGAGGCCAUUGCUAAGCUGAAGAUGAAGGCUCUGAGUUACUCCUUCGUCUUUGCUCUCCUCCUCCGUGUCGUCUCCCAGUAUGCCACUGGUAUCCUUUUCGACUGGCACAUCUUUACCUGGUUCUUCAUCUGGGGCAACUACAACAACAAGGCCAUCGUUCUUGAGAACUGGGGUUGGUUCAUUGAAUGGACCCCUGCCUUCAUUGGGUCUGGAAUGCUCGUCGGUUUAAACGUCGCACUUUCAUUUUUCGGUGGUAGUGUCCUUGCAUGGGGUGUCAUAGGCCCUGCCUUGGUCCAUAACGGCAUUGCCUUUGGCUCUCAACCUUACCCUGACGACCCGAAAUGGGAUGCUAUUAGAAGCUACUACUCUUUGAGCGCCAAAUAUGCCAACAAGGACCACCCCAGCCCUCGUUACUGGCUCCUCUGGCCCGGUGUCUUGGCUAUGAUUGUCAUCUCCUUCACCGAGCUCUUCCUCCAGUACAAGGUCUUCUUCAUCAUGUUCAAGGCAAUGGGUCGUGGAGCUGCUAAGGGCUUCAACGCCAUGACCGCAAAGGCUGGUAUGAGCGGCGCAACCAUCAACGUCAAGGACCAGGAGGAGAAGGACGUCAUCUACGAUUCUGCUGAAGACCACGAGUUGGUCAAGAUCUGGAUGUGGGGCCCUAUCCUCAUUCUCAGCAUUAUCGCCUGCUGCAUCGUUCUCGGUGUCCAGUACGAUAUGCCCGUCGGCAUGUCCCUUCUCUCUGUCUUCCUGGCCUUCUUCUUCGCUAUCCUUGCCGUCCAGUGCGCUGGUGUCACUGAUGUUACUCCUUUGACCGCUGCUUCCAAGGCCUCCCAGCUUGUCCUUGGUGGUGCCACCAAGGGUGAGCACUGGAUGACCGAGCACGCUCAGCGCCUCAACUUGAUCGGUGGUUCGCUCGCCUCCAUCGGUGCUGGUCAGGCCUCUGACUUGGUUGGUGACUUCCGUGUUGGUUACCUUCUCCGCACAUCGCCUUUCCAGCAAUGGGUUGCUCAGGGUCUGGGCACGAUUGUUGCCUGUGUCCUUGCCCCUGCUAUGUUCAUGCUUUUCAGCAAGGCCUACCCCUGCAUCAUCGACGUUGAAGCUGAAACCUGCCCCUUUGCUGCCCCCUCUGUGGGUGCCUGGCGCGCUGUUGCUGUCGCUGUUACCGACCCGGUCUUCCCUGUCCCUAAAACCUCCGGUUACUUCGCCAUUGCCUUCGCCAUCUUCGGUGGUGUCAUGGUCGUCAUUCGUCACUACGCCUACACUGGCAAGUGGGAGAAGUACAAGGCUUACCACCCUAACGUCAUGUGUAUCGCCCUCGCCUUUGUUCUUAACGCCACAAUCUACGGUAGUGCGAUGGUCAUAGGAGCGGUCCCUGCUUACUUCUGGGCAAAGAGAAACCCCAAGAACUUCGACAUCUAUGGUUUCGCCGUCGCUGGUGGUCUCAUUGCCGGAGAAGGUAUCGGAGGUGUCAUCAACGCCGUCUUCCAGAUCGCCGGUAUUGCCGGUCCUUCGCCCUAUGGUACCAACAUCGCCUGCCCUGGCGACUCUUGCUAA